CACACGUUCCGUGGAAGAUGGACAACUGCGAUAGGCGGCCGAGUUCUGUGGGUCGCCAUUGAGCUCAGACAACGAUGGGCUACCAUAUUGACAGGGUGCUGCGGCUUCAUCUGCGCUUCUAUCAGCUGCUCGGUCUGCACGGGCUGCCUCUGCCGGGCGAUGCGCAUCCAAGCCGUAAGGCUUGGCUAUUGCAAUUUUGGGCCGGCUGCCUGCUGACAGGAUUUAGUACAAUUGCAUUUGUGUGCCUGACCAGCGACGAUGACUAUCUCUACCACGAUGACGCCUUUAGCUGUUUCAAUGAUGGCAUGAAAUACGGAUUUGCCGAAAUGGCCGUACUCAGUAUCUACGGCGAGACACUGCCCGGACAACGAUACCAUCUGGCGCGCUUCUGGCAACUGUAUGGUGCACGAACGCCGCCAGCUGGCACGCUGCGACAGCAACUGGUGCAGCAUCGACGCUACCUGAUCCAGUUGUAUGGCCUAGUAUUUUUGGAGCUGGUGCUGUUGUGCCUGUUCGUUUCCGUACAGGAUAUUUCGCAUCAUAUUCUGCUCUUUUGGAGCACCUUUCAGCCGUUUGUGUUUCUGGUGCAUUUGCGCAACACGCAAUUUUUGCUGCACCUGGAGCUGUUGCGGCAACAGCUGGUGCAAUUGGAAUGCGAGCUGGGGCUGCUCGUUGAGUACUCGAGCUUUGCCAGCGUUGCAGCCAGUUUUGCUGGAUUCGAAGACUACCUAAGGCGGCGUGUGCGCGAGAAGCAGCUUAUGUACGAGCGCAUCUACGAGCUGUGCAUCAGCUUUAGCAGAGCCUUCAGCUAUUCCGUGCUGACCGUGCUGCUCAUGAUCUAUAUACGCAUCACAGUCGAUUGUUAUUUCCUGUACUACACCAUCUACAUGAGCAUCGACAAUAUUGACUAUUAUAUGCUGAUGCCCGCCGUCAUGCAGAUACCCGCCUUCCUCUACGCCUCACAGAGCUGCAUGCAAAUGGUGCCCCGGAUCGCCUACCAGCUGCAUAAUAUUUUGACCACCUCCUCAGCACUUUCUCUUCAGAUCCAAAACUUUUCGCUACAAAUUCUACACGAACCGGUGCGCAUUGAUUGUCUGGGCAUAAUUGUAUUGGACAAUCAUCUGCUGACACGGAUUGCGUGCGCCGUUUGCACUUAUAUCAUCUUUACCGUACAACUGAUGCCCAAGUUGAGUGGAUCCUCAAUAUAGAGUAGGGUGAUUAAAGGAUUACAGGAGUUGAGUCCAAUGUACGUUAUAUUAAAGCUUUAUCUAUGUAUCGUAUAAUCAAUAAAAUUAUUUCAUUAAUGCCUUAAAACGAGUCGGUUAA